AUGCAUGGUCAAGAUUCGUCAAAGUACUGGAAAGUCUCCGGAAGUGAGCAGGGAGCGUGCAAAAUCUUUACGCACUAUCAGACACGAUCUCAGCCAACCACCAGAGAAAUGAAUGCUUUAGAUGACUGGGCAGGCCCUCUCGAUCCUGACAACCCUCGCAAUUUUCCCCUGUCGAUCCGCAUAUUCAGCAUAGUUUCUACGACAACACUGGCAUUUGUCAGUUCUUUUUCAGGAGCAAUAUAUGCCCCAGCUCAAGACGAUGUCAUGACAGCGUUAUCCUGCACAUAUGAAGCUUCGCUACUUCCGCUCUCAUUAUUCAAUCUGGGACUCGCAAUUGGCCCACUUAUUGGAGCGCCUCUUUCUGAACAUUAUGGAAGAAAAUCUGUCUUUGUCCUCACGACGCCGGUUUUCAUAUUGUUUCUGCUCGGUGGUAGUUUCGCCAAAGACAUAACUGCCCUGUGCAUCUGUCGACUCAUUGCAGGCGUCUUUGCGGCUCCGAAUGUCAACAAUGCAUCCGCUCUCAUCUUGGAUUACUCCGAAGUCCGUUAUCGAGGAGUGAAUAUUGGUGUCUACUACAGUGUACCUUCGAUGGGUGCAUCUCUGGGACCGCUCGUUGGAGGCUUUGUCAUGCAAGCUACAGAGGACUGGCGCUGGACACAGUGGACCGCUAUAAUCAUCGCAAUUGUCUGUUGGAUUCCUUUGCUUUUCACAAGGGAGACGUACAAGAAAGUCAUCCUGAGGCGUCGUGCAAUACGAUUAGGUUUGUCAGAUCAGUCAUCCCAGCAAACGUCCAAGUCCAAGGCUCUACACUAUUUCUUUACGGUUCUGAUUCGGCGACCUUUGCAUAUGCUGCUUACGGAACCAAUCGUGACAUUUGUUAGUCUAUACAAUGGCUUAAUAUUUGGGCUGCUGUACACUUUUGUGACUUGCAUUCCAUGGAUUUUCCAGCACUAUUAUGGUUUCAAUAGAACUGGAGAAUCACUCUCUUUUCUUGGUGCUAGUCUUGGCACUUUGAUUGCGUGUGGUCCAUUUGUUUUGAUGGACUUCCUAUUCUAUCAGAAGAAGUUGCACAAAUGGAACGAUACUCACGACCAAUGCGUGCAGCCUCCGCCAGAGACCCGACUUGUGCCGGCACUCCCUGGGAGCAUCUUGCUACCUAUCAGUCUCUUUAUCGCAGGUUGGACAGCACACUACCGCAUACAUUGGGCAGUUCCAAUCAUGUUCCAAGGUGUAGCAAUGAUGAGCUGUUUGCUCGUGUAUGCGGGAGUAAGUAUCUUUGUGCUGGAUUCUUAUGGCCCACUUUACGGGGCGUCGGCCUCGGGAGCAAUGAUGCUUGCUUGA